UUAGAGGUCACCACCCCCACAAAUAAAACUAAGAUCACAAAUAUUUUCUCUAUUUGCUUCCCUUUUGUCCAAUCUUCAUCAUUCAUCAUAGCUUCUUUAAAGAACCUCUUGUUCUCUGGUUUUGGAAUUGAGACAGGUUCGUCUUCACUAUUUUGAAAUACCUAUAGUUCUUUUAAUUUUUCUUGUGUAUUAUUAGAAUCUUAUGGCAGCAGCUAUAGAUAUAUACAAUAGCAUGAUGACACAAGAUUACUUAUCAUACUCUUGUAGUGAUGAAGAGUUGAUGAAAGCACUUGAGCCUUUUAUUAUGACAAGUGAUUAUUUUUCAUCUAAUUCUAAUAAUAGCAAUAGUAACGAUAAUAAUUCCUUACCCUCUUUUUCUCUCUCACCUUCUUCCCCUGCAUCAUCAUCAUCAUCACUAUACCCUUCUUAUUACAAUUCCUUCACUUCUAAUUACAACCCUUCACCGUUAAAUUCUACCACCCAAAGUUCCUCCAUAAGACUCAACCAACUCACGCCAUCUCAAAUCCUCCAAAUCCAAUCACAAAUCCAUGUUGCACAACAACAAGAAAAGAAUCAACAUGCUUUGUUUCUAGGGCCAAAACCUGUCCCCAUGAAGCAUGCCGGCGUGACGAAUUCCUCUGCGGCCGCGAAGCCUACAAAGCUCUACCGAGGGGUGAGGCAAAGGCAUUGGGGAAAAUGGGUGGCAGAGAUAAGGCUACCAAAGAAUCGAACCCGUCUUUGGCUUGGAACAUUCGAAACGGCUGAAGAAGCAGCGUUGGCUUAUGACAACGCUGCUUUUAAGCUAAGAGGAGAACUUGCACGGCUUAAUUUCCCUCACCUUCGCCACCACGGGGCACGCGUGUAUGGUGAAUUCGGGGAAAUCAAGCCGUUACCCUCUUCGGUGGACGCGAAACUCCAAGCCAUUUGUGAAGGCUUGGAGAAAACAGAGAAGGUUGUAGUGGAUACAAAGCCUAAGAUAGAGGAAAAUGCAACAGAAUCCGACGUUGGAUUUGGUUGUGCUGAGUUUGAGGAUUAUAAGUUGGAGAAGAAGCCAAAGUUGUCUCCUCCUUUGUUGUCUGAUGAAUCAUCCGCUGCGGGUGGUGUGUCUUCGCCGGAAUCCGAUAUCACUUUCUUGGAUUUCUCGGAUCCAGAUGAAAUUGAUAACCUUGGGUUGGAUUUGAAGAAGUAUCCUUCAGUGGAGAUUGAUUGGGAGUCUAUAUGAGUCUUCAAUAAUACACAAUUUUAUUCUAAAAUAUUUGUAUAUUUUUAGAGCAUAUUUAAUUUGUGUCACAAAAAUAUUUACAAACCACUCAUAACUAUUAAUAAUUAUAUAAAGAGAUUAUAUGAGUGAGUUAUUGUAAUUAUUUUUGAAACAUAUAUUAAACUUGCUCAAAGAACAUGCAAAUAUUUACGGUUAAGUGGAUUAAUUUUACUUAGGUUGGUUAGGUUGUGUCAUUUGCAUGCAUAUGCUACGUUGUAAUUUAGUUUUUUUUUCAGUGUCUUGUGGCAGAGGCUGCAAUGAGACUUUUUUAUACCAUUGCAGUAAUUUUGCCAAAUUUUAGUGUCUUGGUCUGCUGUUUUCUUUUUGUUAUCUGCAUGGCCAUUGGAACUUCAACUUGUGUCUUGGCUACUUUUUCUGUAGUCCACGUGUAGAUUAAAGUGCCUCUAAAUAAAUACAAG